GCGGGUUUUUCAUCAAUUUCAUCGACGAUGCCAUCGAGGGGAAGGUUGCAUCAUGCUGUGUCCCUCGUCACGGCUGAGUUGAGACUCAACGUGACAAUUUCAUCCAAUUCAUUCAUAAUAAAGGUGCAAUCUGCGUAUAUCGAGGAGUUUCUGUACCACGGUAUUUCGGCUCAAAAUGGCUCAGACUAGUUUGCCUUUGCAUGAGAAAAAAGAAUUAAUUGUUCGACAUCUUCAGGAGGUGUUGGGAGAUGACAAGUUGACAGAGAUACUAAAGGAGCGAGAUGUUAAAGUCUACUGGGGAACAGCAACAACAGGAAAACCUCAUAUUGCUUAUUUUGUUCCCAUGUCAAAAAUAGCGGACUUUCUGAAAGCUGGCUGUCAUGUUACGAUAUUACUGGCUGAUCUUCAUGCGUACUUGGAUAAUAUGAAAGCACCAUGGGAACUUUUAGAAUUACGAACAAAAUACUAUGAAGCUGUAAUUAAAGCGAUGUUGGAAUCCAUCAAUGUUCCAUUGGAUAAAUUAAACUUUGUUAAAGGGACAGAUUAUCAAUUAGAUAAGAAAUAUACUCUGGAUGUCUACAGGUUAACAUCAGUAGUGACUGAGCACGAUGCAAAAAAGGCAGGAGCAGAAGUUGUUAAGCAAGUGGAUCAUCCAUUACUGAGUGGACUUCUAUAUCCUGGAUUGCAGGCUUUGGAUGAAGAAUACCUUGACGUCGAUGCACAAUUUGGUGGAGUGGAUCAACGAAAAAUUUUUACUUUUGCAGAAAAGUAUAUGCCUGCACUUGGAUACAGAAAAAGGAUACAUUUGAUGAAUCCAAUGGUACCUGGACUAACGGGAUCAAAAAUGAGUUCAUCCGAAGAGGACUCUAAAAUAGAUCUAUUAGAUGACAGUGCUGCUGUAAAACGAAAACUGAAAAAAGCUUUUUGUGAACCUGGCAAUAUUGAGAACAAUGGACUUCUCGCAUUUGUGAAACAUGUUAUAUAUUCGGUCUAUGGAGAAUUUGAGAUUUUGCGGAAAGAAGAAUUUGGAGGAAAUAUAGUGUAUAAAAAUUUUCAUGAUUUAGAAAAGGAUUUUGCAGAAGAGAAAGUCCAUCCAGGCGAUUUGAAGAAUUCGUUACAAUCAGCAUUAGAUAAAUUACUUGAUCCGAUCAGAACUAAAUUUCAAUCUCCUGAAUUGAAGGAACUAACAGCUAAAGCUUAUCCUAAACCAGUCAAAGCAAAAGCAAAAAAAGGUGGAGGGGGGAGUGGAGAUCAGGCAAACCAAAUUGAUGAAACUAAAAUAGCUGGUCGACUUGAUAUGAGGGUCGGAAAAAUAAUAUCGGCUAAAAUGCAUCCUGAUGCUACCUCUCUAUAUCUUGAGGAAAUAGAUUUUGGUGAAGAGUCUGGUCCAAGAACAGUCAUCUCUGGCCUAGCUGGUCUUGUACCGUUAGAAUCAUUAAAAGACAGACUUGUAAUCGGAUUGUGCAAUCUAAAACCACAAAAAAUGAGAGGAAUCGAGUCAAAUGCCAUGUUACUGUGUUCAUCAAAAACAACAGAUGAGGUACGUUCUGUUGAGCCAUUAGAUCCACCAAAUGGUAGUCAGGUUGGUGAUCGAAUUUAUGUUGAUGGACUCAAUGAUGUAAAACCAGAUGAACGACUGAAUCCAAAACGAAAAAUAUGGGAAAAAGUUCAGGCUGAUUUAAAAGUUUCGUCCGAUGGUCAAGCUCUGUGGAAAGACUUCGCUUUGAUGUCGUUAAAAGGCAGAGUUAGUUCAGCAACAUUACGAGACGCAAAUAUUUCUUGAUCUUGAAUAAUAUAUAUUUAAAUGGAAAUGAAAUAUAUUAUAUUAUUGAGCGGAAAUAGGAGGCAUGGUGAAAUUUAACUUCAGACUGACGUUGUCGUGAUUUACAUGUGGACCACGCUUGAUUUGGUUUAACCAAAGUAGUAACGUUCUAAAUAUAGAUACAAUAAAAAUAAACCUGAUUAUACAAA